AUGAAAACUGGCAGAAAUACGGAUGGUCCACUAUACGACUCUACUGCUUACACUGAGUGUAAAAGGCAACCGGAGAAACCUCUAUAUGGUGGAGGGAUCAUUGUUGAUGAGCCUUCAGCUGUUGUGGACAGAGACAAGGGAGGCGUUUAUUCACCGGCAUUUCUACUCAAAAAUCUCACCGGAAAUGGCACCAUUUACAGCUUCUCUAGUUGGGUGAAGCUAAGGAGUGCGGGUUCAGCUAUGAUACAGGCAAGUCUAAAGGCAGAAGAUGAAACAUACAGUUGUAUAGGAACUGUUUUGGCCAAGCGAGGAUGCUGGUCAUUCCUCAAGGGUGGCUUUGUCCUAGAUUCACCCUCUAAUCUCUCUAUACUAUUCUUCCAGAAUACAGAUGGCAGAGAUGUCAGCCUAGCAAUUGCAAGUGCUUCUUUGCAGCCAUUUAGUGUUCAGCAAUGGAACACUUAUCAGCAGUAUAUGAUCAACACUAAAAGGAAGCGUGCCGUGACGGUCCAUGUCUCAAAUGAACAAGGAAAGGGGCUGCAAGGAGCUGCCAUUACCGUAGAGCAAGUCUCCAAAGAUUUCCCAUUUGGAUCUGCAAUUUCAAAGACCAUACUAGGAAAUUUGCCCUACCAGAAUUGGUUUGUGGAGAGAUUCAAUGCUGCGGUGUUUGAGAACGAACUCAAGUGGUAUGCAACAGAACCUCAACAAGGCAAUGUCACUUACAUUAUAGCAGAUCAGAUGUUACAAUUUGUUCGGGCUAACAAAAUCACUACUAGAGGGCACAAUAUAUUCUGGGAAGAUCCCAAAUACACACCAGCUUGGGUUCGAAACCUCACAAGUACUGAUCAACUAAAAUCAGCUGUCAACUCUCGGAUACAAAGCCUAAUGACCAAAUACAAAGAAGAGUUCAUUCAUUGGGAUGUCAGCAAUGAAAUGCUUCACUUUGAUUUCUAUGAGAAACAACUUGGCCCCAAUGCCACCUUGGAUUUCUUUCAGACGGCACACAAAUCCGAUCCUUUGGCAACCCUUUUUAUGAACGAAUUUAAUGUGGUGGAGACCUGCACUGAUGUGAAUUCCACAGUUGAUACCUAUGUUUCAAGGCUGAGGGAACUUCAACAAGGUGGAGUAUCAAUGGAUGGGAUUGGACUAGAGGGUCAUUUCACAAGACCAAACCCCCCUCUAAUGAGAGCUAUUAUAGACAAGUUGGCUACUCUAGGCCUUCCUAUUUGGCUCACAGAGGUUGACAUCAGCAAUACUCUAGACAAAGAAACACAGGCCAUUUAUCUAGAGCAAGUUUUAAGAGAAGGUUUCUCUCAUCCAUCUGUAAAUGGGAUAAUGCUCUGGACUGCUCUACACCCCUACGGGUGCUAUGAGAUGUGCCUGACGGAUAAUAAUCUUCAAAAUCUACCAGCCGGUGACGUGGUGGACAGGCUCUUGAAAGAAUGGCAAACCAGGAAAAUAGAAGCUCAGACCGAUGAGCAUGGAUCACAUAGCUUUUAUGGGUUUUUGGGUGAGUACAGGGUUAGUGUCAAGUACAGUAAUAGGACUACAAACUCAACAUUCUCACUGUGCCAAGGUGAAGAAACUAGACAUGUUAGCAUUCUGUUGUAA